AUGGAAGAAGAGGCUAUUCGACAACUUGAGGACCUGGGAGUAACCAGAGUACAGGCUAAAAAGGCUUUAGCUAGAUACAAUAAUGAUGUCGCUCGAGCUGCAGAUUUUAUAUUUUCAGGAAACUUCAUUAGUGACGAUGAAGAAGAACAAAAUGAACAAGAUAGCGAGGCUUUAGCCAUCAGUUUGAGCUUACAAGAAGAAGAAGAGAGCAAAAGACAACUUGAAAAGACAAAAAGUACUGUUUCAUCUGACUACUCCAAUUUGAGUGUCGUUCCAUACAAAGAACCACAAUGGACGCCACAGACAGUGCCCAGUAAUAUAAAGCAGAUAAACAACCAUUCGUCUGUUACCUGGUGGAGUGAUCCGUCAAGUCCACUUGAUCGAGCGGCCAAGGAUGAUGUACCGAUAGGUUUACGACCGCCUUCUUACAAUUUUAGUUAUGCACCUGUUAUUCUACAGGCACUGUUUCAUAUCUCUGCCUUCCAGCACGCUGUUCUCUCUUUCCGCCCUAUACCUUCAUCUUGGGGAUCCACGUCAAACUAUUGGAAGGGCCAAGGAGAGCCCAUGCCAGGAUAUGUCACGAUCAAAAAGGUCGUUCAGCAGAGUAGUGAAGACUUGACAAAAGAUGAAUUAGGAUAUAAUGAUAUUAACGAGGGCGCGGUUCAGGAAGGCAUCUUGGAGGAGGAUGAGGAUGAGGAAGAGAAAGGAUGGGUAGAGGCUGAGGUAAAGUCAUUACCAAAAUGCUUACAAGUAUUGGGUGAAAUGCAAAAGUUGUUUGCGUUCUUGGGAAAUACCAAGAGACAAUAUGGAAAUGUAUCGGAUUAUACAAAGGCAUUAAACACGAGGUCCAAUUGGGAAGAAGAUGAAAUACAAUUUGAAUCCUUUUUGGACAUGAUCAUAGGAAAUUUAGCAGACUGUGAUCAGUACGUAGAUCCAUCAACGGACGCUUCUCAUAAACCAUCAUUCAAAAGCUUAUUUCUGAUGAAAGCAAAGACUGAAUGUGGCCAAGACUAUGAUGAAGAUGACCAGGUCCCAGAGAAAGGAUCAAGUUCUUUUUACGAGUGCCUUGAUCCACUUGUGUAUGAAAGUUAUGCAAAUGAACCCCGAGAAGAAGACGAGCCUUUGUACAAGUUUACCAGUUUUAUAUCCACUCCUCCCAUCCUAUUUAUUGUACUGGAAAAUAGAAGUAAAUCCAACUAUGAUUAUCGUAUAGAUACCACCAUCUAUCUGGACAGGUAUAUGCAUCACAAUAAAGAAUGGGCUCUAGAGGAAUUCCGAAAAGUACACAACUAUCAUGCAGACAUCAGACAGUCUCAAAAAGAGAUUGAUAAAUUGGAAGGCAGUGUUCAUUCGAUCAGUAAACGGGAUUUGUUACAUCAUGCUAUUGAUUACUUUAAGGAAAAGAAGGCCAUUGAUCAAGAUGUAGAGACUAUACAAUACGUUUUAGAAAAUAUCAAGCAAAAGAUGACCGAAAAGGCUGAGCGGCUAGAAUCACUUUUAAAUGAAAAGAAGAAGCAAGUGUACUCUAUAUUCAAUAGAGAAGAUAUGAAAAAAUGCCCCUAUCAUCUUCGUGCCACGUUUCAUCAUGAUGGAAAAAGCGGACAUGGACAUCAUUGGGCUUACAUAUGGGUGGAAACAAAAGAAAAGAACUUGCUUGAGGAUAUACCAAAUGAAGGAAGCUGGUACAAAUUCUGUGAUGCUCUGGUGACUCCUGCAACGGAGCAAGAUAUAUUGGAUGAUCCAUUUCCACCAUUUGCUUUUGCUUAUAUGGAUGCAUCUAUCCCUACUUUUUCAAAAGACCAAUUAUCUGACUGCACUCCUUCCGAACUCAAGGAAUUUAUCAAGCUUGAUAAUACUGAAUUUGAGCACGAAAUUGCAUCCUAUAACAAUUCAAAUAAUGUAUCAUAUCCAAUAGAAGAUGACAGUUGGUUUACAGAGAAAACAGAGGAGUAUCAAAUAGAACAAGUAGCGCCGGAUGACCUGAACUCUGUGGGAACAGCUGUGGGUCAAUUAAAUACAGAUGAAUCAAACAGUAUACAGACAUUUACAGGUCAGGGGUUCAGCAAGUUAAAGGCUCUGACAAACCAAAGGAUUGUAGAAGUGUCAGCUUAUCCAUGCGACGACUUUAGACUAUUGGCAAACUUUGAGACCUUUUUGGCCAGAACACAGCAUCAUUUGAACCUCGAGCAUUUAUACUUGUUAUAUUCUAAUCAGAAUGAUGAUUUCAACAAGGAUGAUGUGAAUGUAGAGGCUUCAAAAACAGAUGAAGAUUUGAAGUUUGCCUGGAAACACUAUGAACUUUACUUGUCAAUAGGUCAACUCGUAGUCAAGGCAUUACAUUUAUUUAUCAACAGAGACUAUCAAGCUGCAUUACAGAUAUGGAUGCAUAUAAUGCCUAUUCAGGAAUAA